AUGAGCAGCAUCAGUGAGAGAGACACAGACACAGAGGGAGUGACAACCAGGACAAGGCUCAGUGUGAACAUGACAGUCACUUAUUCCAGUGAAGUGGCCAACGCGUCCUUCUUCAGUUUCCACCGCCUGCUGCUUCGCUGGAGGGGGAGCAUCUACAAGCUUCUGUACAGGGAGUUUGCUGUGUUUAGUUUGGUCUAUGCUCUGCUCAGCCUUGUGUACAGGCUUGUCCUUUCUGAAUCUCAGAGAAGACUGUUUGAGAAAGUAUCAUGUUACUGUUUCAUGACUCCUGAAGAGAGAAAGGUGUUUGAGAAUAUCCACUCACCUCAUCUGAAGUACUGGAUACCGUUUGUGUGGUUUUCCAACUUGGCAACGCAAGCUCGAAAAGAGGGCCGAAUCCAAGACAGCAUUGACCUGCAAAACAUUCUCAAUGAGAUGAAUACUUUCAGAACAUGGUGUGCAACUCUUUUUGGCUUUGACUGGGUUGGAAUCCCCCUGGUCUACACACAGUUUCUUGACCCAGCGCAGCGUUACCAGGGCCAUGACCUGGACCUUUAUGUCCCUGUGUUCACUCUCCUACAGUUCCUCUUCUUCUCUGGGUGGUUAAAGGUGGCAGAGCAGUUGAUCAAUCCAUUUGGAGAGGAUGAUGAAGACUUUGAGGCUAACUGGAUUAUUGACAGAAACCUGCAGGUGUCCCUCUUAGCUGUGGAUGAGAUGCAUAUGGACCUCCCUCAUUUAACAAAAGAUAUUUACUGGAACGAUAGUGAGGCCCGGCCUCCGUACACAUUGGCUGCUGCAGACUCCUGCAUCGCUUCCUUCCUUGGGUCAACCACGGACAUGGGUUUGUCUGACAUUCUGCAGUGUGAUGAAGCCAGUCUAAAUAACACAAAGCAUCUUCAACAGCAACGGUCAUGUACUUCUCAACAACCAGAGUUGGUUCUGGGCAGAGUUCGUCGGCUGCUGAGUGUUCAAGAGCCUCCAGAUCUGCAACUUCCUCGACCCGUGUUCAAAAGACACAGCAGUGAUGCCACAGGAAGCUUCUUCCCGAGUCUGGGGUAUUGA